AUGAUUAAAAAUGUUUUUUGUGUUGCUUUAAUAAUUUUAUUUUUUCUGAUAUCUAUAAAAUGUGAAUAUAUAACGAAUGAAAAAGGAAGCGAUUUUUGGGGUGGUGGUGAAAAGGGGAAUAAAAAUGAUGAGAAAAGAAAAGAUAGGAAUUAUAAAAAAGUGAAACUAGCCAAAAAUGAAGAAAUAGCCUCUGUGUAUGCAAAUUCCGAAGAUAAUGAGAUAAAUGACAAAAAUAAGAAAAGCAUUUCUUAUAAAUAUAAAAAUUAUAUGGAAUAUUUUCAAAAUGAAAUUCAAAAAUAUGAUAACAUUAUUGAUACUUUAAUACUAAGAAAUGUAAACAGAAAAAAAUAUGACUUUUAUAAUAUUUUAGAAGAAUAUUCUCUACAUACAAAAAUAAGUAUAGAUAUAUAUGACCAAUUGUGGUUAUUAAUAAAUAUAAUAAAAAAUAAUAAUAUGUUGAUAAAAAUGUAUAAUAGAAAAAAUGGAGAAAUUGAUGAACUCGUUUUUAAAAAACAUUUAAUUUUCUCAAUAUUUAAAUGGCAUAGUUUUAUAAAAAUAAUUGAGGGAUUUAAUAAAAACUAUUUUGUAUUUUAUAUUGAUAAAAAAAAUAUGAACAGUCAUAAAAAAAAAAUAUAUAGCUAUAAAUAUUUUUAUAAUUUUAUACUAAAUGGCUCGAAUUCUGAACAGUCCAUAUUUUAUAUUAAUUUAAAUAAAAUUUCAUUUUUACACAUUUUAGAAAAAUAUAAUAAAUAUAUAUAUAUUAUAAAUAGUUCGAAAAGAAAUUAUCCACAUUAUAUGUAUGAUAGCGAAAUUUUCAGUGAAUUUAUAUAUUCAUAUUUUUUAAACUCGAACAAAAGUUUAUCGAAUAAAUAUAUGAAAAAUAUCAAGUUGUCAAUAUGGAAAAAUAUAAUUUUUGAUAAAAAUUGUGAUAUUUAUAAGAAAAUAGGAAAAUAUAAUAAGAGUUUAAUUUUGUAUAAAUAUAAUGGAGUUGAGGAGGAUGUUAUUUUAGAUUAUGUUAAUGCAGAAAUUGAAUUAUUAUUUUCAAAUAUUUCUAAAUUGUUCAUAGAUAUUAUAAAUGAUGUACAUGCAGUAUACUAUGAAGAAUUUCAAAAGAAGGAAAAGACAGAGAACAAGAAAUUAAAAAAAAAUGAAAUAAAUUCUAAAAUAAAUAAAAAUAAUAGUGAUUAUUUCAAUUUGGAUAGUAAAAAAAAAGAAUAUUUGAAAGAUAAUGAAAUAAAUAAGAAUUAUAAAAAAAAAAAAUUGGAAACAAAUGACCAAAAAAUAGAUGAUAUAAAAUAUGAAGGAAAUAAUAGUUUCUAUAAUGAAAAUAAAAAUAAAAUAAAUUAUUUUAACAAUGAUGUAAAUAACGAAUAUAAUGAAGAAAAUGAUUUUUUUUUUAAAAAUUUAAAUAAAUUAUUUAAUUUUGAAUUUGAUAAAGAAAAAGAUGAAAUAAGUGAUUAUAGAGAUUUAUACGAGCUUAGAGAUGGUUUUAUAAUAAAUAAAAAGAAUCCAAAUAAACAAAUUCCAUUAAUUUUUAAUCCAAUAAAAGAUAUAUUUUAUAUGUUGAAUCAUAUAAAUUUGAAAAAAAAACAAAAUUUUAAAGAAAUACAUGAUUAUCUUAAAGUAAUAAUAAAUUAUAAAGGACAAAAUUUUUAUGAUAAUAGAUUAAUUUGUAGUAAAGAUUGUAAAAAUAUAUUUUUAAAAAAAAGUGUAACGAAUAAUAAUGUUGGUAAACAAAAUGGUAAAUGGAAAGGACCUUUAUUUAAUGUAAAUCAUAUGAAUGAUAUAAAUAAAAUUGCAAAUAACAUUUUAUUAUUUGGUGAUAAUACAUCUGAUUUGAAAGAAAAAGAAAAAUAUAAAAGUAAUAAUUAUGAGGGGUUUGAGAAUAAUGACAUAUAUGGAGGAAUAGAAUUAAAUCGUCAAACACCAGUUGCUAAAUUAACAAAAGAUAUAAUUCAUGACCAAUUGAAAUUGCUAAAAAAUGAAUAUGUAGAUAAAUUAAGGAACGAAUCAAUUUGUGUUUUAGGAUUUUUAUAUUUGAUAGGAAUAAAUGACAAUAACGGUAAAUUAAAGUUCCCUUAUGGAUUUCCAAGAAAUAUAGAAUAUGCAAUAAAACUUAUAAUGAAAGGUAAUGAUGGAUUAUGUAAUUUUUUAAGUGGAAUUUUAUAUCAUAUAAAUUUUCCAGCAUUUGUCAAUAAUUCUAUGGCUUUAACAUCCACUGAAAUGAGCGAUAACCUUUUAGAAAAUAGUAAUAUUAUAAAUAAUUUUUUUUAUAUUUAUUAUAAAAAUAAUAAUGAUAAAAUUAAAAUUGAUGAAUUUUUAUCAAAUAAAAAUAGAAUAAUUCCAAAUAAAAUAGAUAAUAUAAAAUCAAAAAUAAUAUCUUAUUCAUUAGGAUCAACAAAAAAUGACAUAUUUAGUAAAUUGGCAUAUACUAAUAAUAUACUUCGAAUAAAAUAUAAAAAUGAAUAUAACAGUAAUAUAUAUUUAAAAGAAUAUUUUGAUUAUAUAUAUGAUAAAAAAGAUUAUAAACAUAGUUAUAUAAAAAACAAUAUAUCUCCUUUUUUAACAUCUUGUAAUUAUUUGUUACGAAAUAUAUUAGGGGGGGUUGUAGAUUCCUUAAAAUAUUCUAGUGGUAUUGAAAGUGGAAUAUAUCAAGAAUAUAUUCAUGAAAAUCAUAAACAUAUAUUAAUAAAUCAUGGAGAAGAAAAUAGGAACUUAUUUGAAUAUUUUUCAAAAUUAGCAGACAAUAGAAAUACAUAUGCUUUAGCAGCAUUGGGUGAAAUUUAUUAUUUUGGAAAUGAUAAUAUUGGAAUUGAAAGGAAUGAAAUGAAAGCUCUUGAUUUCUGGAAAAUGGCAGCAGAUCAGGGCGACAAUGCAUCUGCACUUUCUUCUGGGUAUAUAUUUUUAGAUGAAUACAAAAGAUUAUCUAAAAAAGAAGAAAUUGCUAAAUCGAUGGACAAAAGCGAAUUAAUUAAACAAAUAAGGAUAGAAAAAAAAAUGGAUGAAAAAAAAAAAGAAAAAAAGGAUGAUGAUAAAAAUGGAAUGAAUAAAAGUAAGGAUAAUGAUAAGUUUGAAAAUCAGGAAGAAUAUAUUGUUUAUCCUAAUAUAAAUACUUGGGUAGGAUAUUUUGGGGGUUCUGCAUCUGGUUCUAAUGUUGAAACAUAUUCAACUCCAAACAAUAUGGCUAAUGGUGAAUCAAACAAUGUAAGUAGUUCACCAUUUAAUUAUCAAAGUGUAGGAAAUGGGGAACCAAUAAAUAGACCAAUUUCUGAACCGCAAGUAAUGAUAGGUGUAAAAAAUGAGAUUGGAAAUGUAACACGAGCAAAUGGAAUUAGUAAUUCAGAGGAGGAUAUGAUAAAUGAAUAUAUGAAUGAACUUGGUAAAAAAAUUGAUAAUUUAAUGAAAAAUGCUGAAAAAUAUUUUUACAAAGCAACAAAAAAUAAUGAAGAAAGUAUAGAAAAUUUAUUAGCAAAAUAUAAUAUAUAUAAGUUUGGAUUAGGAACAGAAAAAGAUAUAAAAUUAGCAGGAACAUAUUUAAAAAAAGCAGCAGAUAAAGGGGAUAAUAUUUCCCAAAUGUUAAUUGGACAUUAUUAUUCAGGAAGUGAUAUAGGAAUAAAACUAAAGGAUUAUGAUCCUAAUGAUGUAGCAAAUAAUUUAAAAAAUUCAUAUAAGUAUUAUUCAAAAUCUGCAAAAAAUGGGAAUAUUAUUUCUUUAUAUAAUAAAAAUAUAUUAAUAUUAAAAGGGAUAGAUUCAAAAUAUAAAAGUUUUGAUGAAAAAUGUGAAAUAACUUUAAAGCCACUUCAUUUUAUUGGAAUGUUUAACGACCAUGUACAUGCUUUGUUGAAAUUGUUAAAACAUAAUUACAAAUUUAAGGAUUAUACAAGUGCAUUGUUAUUAUCUAUAAUUUUAUCAGAGUUAGGUGAUCAUUCAAAUAAUGUGAAUGCAUCUAUGUUAUGGGGUUUAAAAAAAAAUACAAUGAAAAAAUUUUUAGAAAAAUAUAACAGAAUUGAGAAUAUUUUAAAAGAAUAUAAAGCAAGUAUUGAAAACGAACAAAAUAAAGGACAUAAUUUUGGUGAAGUUAUAAAAAAAAUAUAUAAGAAAGAAAAGGAGGUUAAAUAUAGAUUUUUAAAAAAGAAUGAACAAAUAUAUAUUAAAUCUUUGUUAAAAUAUUGUAGUGUUUUGAAUGGUAGUUUAGAACAUUUUCGAAUGUGUCAAAGUUUAAGAAAUGAAUUAACAGAUAAUCGUAAAGAAUACAAAAAUGGAAAAAAAUCAAGAAUUAAUGAAUAUCCAAAUAUUUUAAAAGAACAUAUUGAAUCAUAUAAACCGAUUGAAUUAUUUGAAAAAUAUGAUGAUAUAAUAUUAAAGGAAAUGAAAAAUGGGAAAACAAUUUUUGAAAAAAUAAAAAAAAUUGAAAACAUAAAAAAAGAAAUAAUGGAAUAUUUUAGAUUAAGUGAAUUUUUGCAUUGUUAUUACAAACCUAUGUCAUAUUAUCAAAUUAAACUUUUUGAAGAUAAAGAAAUAAAUAAUUUAAAAAAAUUAAAUAAAAAUAAAAUUUAUAAUAUUGGAAAAAAUAAUAUAUAUGAAAAUGAUGAUCGUUAUUUUUUUAAAAAUGGAAAAAAAAAUAAGAAUAUAAAAAAUUUAUAUGAUUCUGAAUUUUAUAGAUAUUAUAUGUUGCUUUAUGAUAAUGAUGCAAAAGAGAUAUAUAAUUACAAAAAGAAAUAUUCAUCUAAAAUAUUUAACGAAAUACAAAGUUUUUCUGAUAAUUGUGAUGUAUGUAAACAAUAUUAUGAUAUAUAUUCAUCAUUUUAUGGAUAUAAAAAAGCAACAAUUAAUUUAAUUAAAAAAUAUAAAUAUGGUGAUAAUUUUACAAUUAAAAGUAAAAUAAAAGAACUUCAACUUUUAACCAAAUUUUCAGAUGAAAAUAAUCAUGAACUUUUAUAUUAUAAAGCUUUAUUUUUCGAAAAUAAUAAUUUAGAAUCUUUAGAAUUUAUUUUAGAAAUAUAUUUUAAGUUGUCUACAGAUGAACAUAGUGCAUGUAAUGUUAUAGGCAUUUUUAGAAUUUUAAAAAUAUUAUUUAAGAAAAUGAUUAAUGACUUUAGUUGGGUAUUAAGGAAUAUAAUUUAUUUUUUCUCUAAAAUUAUAAAUUUUGAAAAUGUUAAAAUAAAUGAAAUGUUUGGAAAAAGAUAUAUCAAGCCUUAUGAGAAGUUUAAAUUUAUAUAUAAUCCUAAUCUUUGCUAUUUACAAAAUAAUUUUUUUUUUAUUUCAGAAUAUAAGCAAAAAUGUUUAAAUUUAGAUUACAUAUUAAAUAAUAAUUAUAUAUAUUCACAAUUUAGUUAUUUUCAUAUUUUUAAAUUUUUGAAAAAAAUAAUAUUAUAUUUUUUUCAAUUAUAG